CAGAACACUUUUGACCUGCGCCAACAUGCAGAGUACGUGCACCCGACAUUCCUGUAUCGGCACUCUUUAGCCUCCAACACCAUAACAACUACAUGCUCACUACAGACCCCCACGAAGAGAAACAGAAGGCACUGUUGCAGCGCAUCACCGGCUCGGUAGCUCGUCUCCACGAGGUCAUCAAGGAAAUCAACACACAAAUCGAGAAAAGCGACGCCUUUCGGGAAGAGCUGGCGUUCACAUGUCAAGUGUGGAAGGGCUACGAAAGCCGCGUGCAGCCGCACUGCGAUACUGCAAUUGCUGCAGCUGCGCAACAACAGCGACAACAAGAGCAACAAUUGCAGCGGUAGAAGAACUUAGUGAAGUAACCCAUUCCUGGAAUGAGCACGAAUUGUUUAACACUUGAUGGCGUCCUUUUCCAAGAAGUUGAUACAGCUCACGUUCUCCUCGGAUUGGUUACUCCGUUUGCUGCCGAAUCACUUUACUUGAUGGAGAAACAUGUUAUACUGCAAACUUAUGUUGAUCUUGAAGCUUGGACGGUGUUUGAUAAUACGUGGUAUGGAGCAUUCGAACAUCACAAUGCUUAAUCCACACAUUUUAUUAUUCCAAGUAAAACAUAAAGCUUCGGCAGUGCCUUACUUCCAAUCACUUGCGGUCGAGCGAAUACCCUGAAAACCUUUCUCUAACAGCAUCUUAAGACCUUUCUUUUGCAGUGAUUUAUUUUAAUUAACAGAGUGAACAAAAGACACGAUGAGCCGAAUACAAUAUUUA